UGAAAACAAAGUAACGACAAGGAUUCCACUGCAAUUCUGGAAAGUUUCCUCUCCUUUUCCCAUUAAUAGCAUUCCGAAGAUUGCCCUGGUUUUGUUCUCAAUCUCUAUUCAAUCCUUAAUCCUCGUCCAUCAUCCUAGUUUUUUACCCCUUUCGAUUUGGAAUCGGAUCCUUUCUGAUUUUUAAACUAGAAUUCGGAGUCCCAACUUGUUUGGGUUUCUGUGGGAUUCGCGUGUGGUUAGGAUUGUUGUUAGGGUUUCUGAUGGGUACGGAGAGGAAGAGGAAGGUGAGCUUAUUUGACGUGGUGGACGAGACUGCGGUGCCGGCGAAGAUCUCAAAAUCUAAUGGCGGAGGAGCUGCGGCUGCGGCGGUGAUGAACAUCAGCGGCAAUAAUGGUGGGAUCAAUAGGUGGACGGGGAGGCCGUACUCGCAGAGGUACCAAGAGAUAUUGGAGAAGAGGACGAGCUUGCCCGUUUGGCACCAGAAGGAGGAGUUCUUGCAGGUUCUCAAGGCCAACCAGACUCUGAUCCUCGUCGGUGAGACUGGUAGUGGCAAAACCACUCAGAUUCCCCAAUUCGUUUUGGAAGCCGUUGACAUUGAAACUCCAGAUAAACGUAGGAAAAUGAUGAUUGGAUGCACCCAACCUCGUAGGGUGGCUGCAAUGUCAGUUUCUCGACGUGUUGCUGAAGAGAUGGAUGUAACUAUUGGAGAAGAGGUUGGUUACAGUAUCCGUUUUGAGGACUGCAGUAGUGCCAGAACAAUUUUGAAGUAUCUGACAGAUGGUAUGCUUUUAAGAGAAGCAAUGACAGAUCCACUUUUGGAACGCUACAAGGUCAUAAUCCUUGACGAGGCUCAUGAAAGGACAUUGGCAACUGAUGUUCUAUUUGGGCUUUUGAAAGAAGUUCUUAAAAAUAGACCUGACUUGAAGCUAGUUGUGAUGAGUGCAACUCUUGAGGCUGAAAAAUUUCAGGGCUAUUUCUAUGGUGCACCACUUAUGAAAGUUCCUGGAAGGCUUCAUCCAGUAGAGAUAUUCUACACCCAGGAACCAGAAAGGGACUACCUGGAGGCGGCAAUUCGGACAGUUGUGCAAAUUCACACGUGUGAACCUCCUGGAGAUAUACUUGUGUUCCUCACAGGUGAGGAGGAGAUAGAAGAUGCAUGCCGAAAAAUAUCGAAAGAGAUUGCAAAUCUGGGUGACCAGGUGGGACCUGUGAAACCAGUGCCUUUAUAUUCCACCCUUCCACCAGCUAUGCAGCAGAAGAUAUUUGAACCGGCACCACCUCCAGUGAAGGAGGGUGGUCCUCCCGGAAGGAAGAUUGUGGUUUCCACGAACAUCGCAGAAACUUCUUUAACCAUUGAUGGUAUCAUAUAUGUUAUUGAUCCUGGGUUUGCAAAACAAAAAGUUUAUAACCCACGAGUGCGUGUUGAGUCCUUGUUGGUAUCUCCAAUAUCUAAGGCUAGUGCGCACCAGAGAUCGGGGCGUGCUGGAAGAACACAGCCUGGGAAAUGCUUUAGACUCUAUACUGAGAAAAGUUUCAAUAAUGAUCUUCAGCCACAGACCUAUCCGGAAAUAUUAAGAUCAAAUCUAACAAAUACGGUUCUUACCUUGAAAAAACUGGGGAUAGAUGAUCUUGUGCAUUUUGAUUUUAUGGACCCCCCUGCUCCGGAGACAUUGAUGCGGGCACUAGAGGUUCUGAAUUACUUGGGUGCAUUAGAUGAUGAUGGGAAUUUAACAAAGCUGGGGGAAAUCAUGAGUGAAUUUCCACUAGAUCCUCAGAUGUCAAAGAUGCUCGUUGUUAGCCCUGAAUUCAAUUGCUCAAAUGAAAUUCUGUCGAUUUCUGCCAUGCUUUCAGUACCCAAUUGCUUUGUCCGGCCUAGGGAGGCUCAAAAGGCUGCUGAUGAAGCAAAAGCUAGGUUUGGGCACAUCGAUGGAGAUCACCUCACGCUCUUGAAUGUAUAUCAUGCCUACAAGCAAAACAAUGAGGAUCCUUCUUGGUGUUAUGAGAACUUCGUCAAUCAUAGGACGUUGAAGGCUGCUGAUAACGUUAGACAACAGCUAGUGCGUAUCAUGGCCAGGUUUAACCUCAAAUUGUGCAGCACUGAUUUCAACAGCCGUGACUAUUACAUCAACAUAAGGAAGGCUAUGCUAGCAGGAUACUUUAUGCAGGUAGCUCACUUGGAACGUCCUGGGCACUACUUGACAGUGAAAGACAACCAAAUGGUGCACUUGCAUCCAUCGAAUUGCUUGGAUCACAAGCCGGAAUGGGUAAUUUACAAUGAAUAUGUCCUGACCAGCAGGAACUUUAUCCGCACGGUGACAGACAUUCGCGGUGAAUGGCUAAUUGAUAUAGCACCACACUAUUAUGAUCUGACGAACUUCCCUCAGUGUGAGGCCAAACGUGUUCUAGAAAGGCUUUACAAUAAGCGGGAGAAGGACAAGGAGGGGAGUAAGAACAGAAAAUGAAGUAAUCACUAUCCAUAUAUUUUGACUCCCUUCUGCGGAGACAUGGAGAGGCCAUAUCUUGAAAGGUCUUGAUUCUUCCAUUAUGUCGACCUUUGGUUUACUCUCACCGGAGCCAGUUUGUCGGUGAAAGCAGUGGAUACUUGGCAAAGUUCCUGUAUAAUGCAUUACCAUAGUGUUAGUUCUAGGGAGCUAUAAUUUUGUAAUGUGAAUCUAUAUCAAUUUUUUUUGUGGAUUAAGGAAAAACCUCAGAUACCCUUUUAUUUUGUCAUAACCAAGAUUUCCAGGGUCUAUUGAGACAA